AAGUCAUCCCUCAUCUUUCUCGCUUACAACUUUUAGCCACUCGCCGCCACCGGAAAACAAGCAGGCCAUGUCGACAACAGCAUCCCUUGACAGCUUCGCUCAGACGCUGGCAAGGUCCCUGGCAGAAGCCAACCUUGCGCCUGGCUCGGCGGAAGCGCUCAUCCCUCGGGAAUUUACGCCAACCACGCGGCUGCGCAUCCAAUUCGACGGCCGGGAUGUCGAGCACGGUAAUCUUUUUCGAGUGCGCGAGGUGAAGCUUGCUCCCUUUGUGUCGUUUGAGGCUGAAGUAAGUCUUUGUGCUGGGGAUUCAUCGGGAGAGGCGUCUUAUAUGCUCCUCCUCAUCGACCCCGACGCACCCACGCCAGACGACCCUAAAUUCGCAUAUUGGCGCCAUUGGGUCUUGCCAGGGUUGAAGCCGUUGGCCUCGGCUGAGGGCAUCGUUGCCCAGACAAAGCCGGUGCUCACAGAGUAUCUUGCCCCGGGUCCCAAGGAUGACUCGAAACCGCACCGGUAUCUGUUCCUGCUCUUCCGCGAGCCCCAUGGCCUGGCUCUUACAAAGGAAGACGUUGGAGGCGAGGAAUUUGUUCAAAGGCGCUCCUUUGACGCUGCCAAGUUUGUUGAACAGCACCAGCUACAGUUGGUCAGUGUAAACUGGAUGAAGGGUGCUGGUGAUGGCUGGAAGGAGUAGGUCAAAAAAAAAGGGGACGGGGCAACCUGGACGGCGUCAUCCUCUUCUUCCCUCUCGCUUCCCAUUCUUUUUACCAAAUAGGGCCGUAGCGAGCGGCUGUGAAGCACAAAGAUUGUCACGCGCCAAGAACACCCUUCACAUCCGAACCCCUUGACUGGCUGAGAGCAGCCCUUCCUUGGUGGCCGAACUGGUGUGACUGCUAUCAUCGUGCAUGCUUCGUGCCUCUCCAUCACCACCCUGUAGGGCCAAUCGCGGAUAGUAGAGCUGUGGGCAUAUGCAGGCGGCCUCUGGAAAAGCGCUCCAGCAACCAAGAGGGGGUGACAUUCUCAUUUCCAACCGACGAGAGUUUUGUGUUACACGAUGGAUUGGGACGGUCCGUAUGGCGUUGAACUCGGCCAAUCCCAGACGCCACCACUAACAAGAGCCAGCAAGGGCCGUACGUGGCUGAGGCGGACCGUGAAGUGGUCGCGGUAGAUGAGUCGGUACCGAGAUGUUGAAUAAAACCUCCAGUUUUGACUUUUC